AGAAUUAAUCAUAAAUAUGUUAAGAACUCUUACAAUAUUGCUGGUCUUUGGAGUCACUAUUGGCACCAAGCUUGAUGGAGACUGCACAGGGAAUGCCCCAUGUGUCAAGAUUAGUGAAGACCUUACUAUGGAAGCUUAUACUGGUGAAGAUCCCUACUUGAUAACACUUCACUCAAGCUCUUACACUCCAGUUUUGAAUAGACAAGGACCUGCCAUGAUGUGUGCUGAGGCUGAUGAAAACCACAAUGUAGAAGAUGGAGCUAAAGCAUUUGGAUAUCGCAUUUAUUAUAUCCCAUGGAGUGGAGUAGGUGAAUUUGAUGAAUUUGUAAGCUCUACUAUCUCAAAAUCCCCCACCAAUGAAACUCUCUAUUGGAACUCUGACGGAAAUACUUUAACAGAGUACGAAAUCUAUCCUACUUCAGAGGAGAGGUACAACCAUACGUUCAGCUAUCAAUUCAGUGCUGAAACAUUCUCUCUGUCUCACUUCCCGCUAUCCAAUAACUCUGUUCCCUCUUACUACGUCUGAUUCGGGACCAAGAGCACCAGCUUCUUGCAGUCUGAAAUAGACUUGUCUUCUUUUGUGAGGUCUAACGUGACUAUCCCUCCUCGCAAGGAAGUGAACAAUGACUUGGUUUCUUCAUAA